GGGCCGGUAGCGGGACGCAGCCGGCUAGAGGCGCAAGAUGUCUGCGGCGCUGUACGUGCUCUCCACGCUGGGCGGAUACGUCCUCACCUCGGCUCUGCUCCUCAAGUGUCCGGGGCUGCUCCACCGGCCCAAGCGGCAGCGCUUCCGUUGCCGGCACAUCUCCCACCGCGGCGGUGCUGGCGAAAACCUGGAAAACACAAUGGCAGCCUUUCACCAUGCGGUUAAUAUAGGAACAGACAUGUUGGAGCUGGAUUGUCACCUGACAAAAGACGAGCAAGUGGUUGUGUCCCAUGAUGAGAACUUGAAGCGAUCAACAGGAGUUGAUGUCAACAUAUCUGAUCUCAAAUACUCUGAACUGCCACCGUAUCUCUGCAAGCUGGAUGUCACCUUUCAGAAAGAAUGUCACUGUGAGGGAAAAGAUAACCGUAUUCCACUCCUGAAAGAGGUGUUUGAGGCAUUUCCACAGACUCCUGUCAACAUUGACAUCAAAGUGAACAACAAUGUAUUGAUCAAAAAGGUUUCUGAGCUGGUGAGUCAGUAUAAGCGAGAGCAUUUGACAGUAUGGGGGAAUGUCAAUUACGAGGUUGUAUCAAAGUGUCUUAAGGAGAACGCUGAUAUUCCCAUCGUCUUCUGUUUGCAACGUGUCCUCCUGCUUCUUGGCCUGUUCUACACUGGUCUGCUGCCAUUCAUUCCUUUCAAGGAAGAAUUCUUGGAGAUUCCCAUGCCUUCAAUCAUCCUCAAGCUGAAAGAACCACAGAAGGUGACAAGAAGCCAGAAAUUUAUUAUCUGGCUAGCUGACACACUGCUGAUGCGGAAAGCACUUUUUGACCACCUCACUGCUCGAGGCAUUCAGGUGUAUAUUUGGGUACUGAAUGAAGAGCAAGAAUACAAGAGAGCAUUUGAUCUAGGAGCAACUGGAGUGAUGACAGACUAUCCAACAAAACUUAAGGAGUUUUUACAUAAUUAUCCAGCAUAAACAAAGAAAUCCAAGGAAGUUCUUGCAGAUUGUGAGCCAAGGAUUUUCUCCAUUAAAAAGCAAAAAAAGAGCAGCAUACACAUCACUUUGAAAGAUGUAACUGGAUGACCUGUUACCUUGUCAUCAGGUUGCUACCUAAUGUAAAGGCUGUCUAUUUAUUUUAAAACUUUAAUGACAUAGUUUACAUUUGUAAAUAGCUCAUUUAGCAAUAGCACACUUCACAUAUAGUGAUGACUAGGAAGAAACUCGCUGGAUUGGAUACCUGUAGAUAAUAAAUGUUAUUUUACCUGUCACAAGUGGACCUAAGCAGAUGUCAAGACAUGUCAGUUAUCCUAGUUAUAUUCUAGUGGGCAGAAACUAAGGAAGUUCUGAAAGUA